AUAAAGAACAAGUAGCCAGGGUACCGCAACAUUGAGACAAGAAGAAGAAAUGUAAACAUUGGACGCACAAGUCCCCACGUCAUGAACAAGUACGGCCCACAUUGCUUUCUGCGGUCAGAUCUAUGUUGAUAAAUACCUGUCAGCAUCCAUUCAAAGAAAAUGGCUGAAGUUAAAGCUGCUCUCAAGGAUGCCAAGAAGGCUAUGAAAGAUAAUGACUUUGAAUCAGUAAUGAAGCAUUGUAAGAUCGUCCUGAAGCAUGAUCGAAAGAAUUACAAUGGACUUGUCAUUUUUGGAAGAGCUUGCCAGGAACUUGGGAAACCAGAUGAUUCAAAGAAAGCUUUGAUGUUAGCAACACAAGUUGAUCCAGAAAGUCCAGUGGCUUGGCAAGGACUCAAGAAGCUUUGCGAUGAACAUCCAGAUAUUGCUACCAAAGAAGAGCUUUUCACAAUAUUAUCACGGCUCAAAGAUAUUAUUCAAGAUGAUGAUGAUAAACUUGAUGGCAUUUAUCGCAAAUUAGCAACAAUACAGCUGGACAACAAUGAAUCUGUUGCGGCUUCAGUUACCUUAAGAGAACUUGUGACCAAACUGAAAGCUCAGAGGAAGGUUAAUGAGGCAUGGAAGAGUAUAGUGCAGAUUCUUUCAGGGAUAAAAGAUUUGUCUCCAGAGGACAUCCCAAAGUUGCAAGAGGCAUUGGAAAAUGUCCUUAAUGAAUCUGUAUUGGGAGAUAAUGAGGGUAAUUACCAAAGUUAUUUACACUUGCUCUAUCGCACCCGACAAAUGUUGAAGUUGGUGUCUGCUGCGAAGGCAAUGUUAGCCAUCUUCCCUACUUAUUUCCCAUUGGAGUGGUUGUGCCGAACCUUUGUGGAAAUGACUGCCAACCCAGCGGAAGGAGAUGGAGAGUACCCUCUGGAUCGUGAAGAAGUUGAGAAGUAUGCUUCAAAACUCCUUAGCCUUAACAAAGCUUCUCCAUGGGGUAAUCUAGCUCAAGGUCUCCUCUAUCUGCAAGAUAAACAGUUACCAGAAGCUCGGGCACAUUUCAGAGUUGGUGCAGAACGUGUUACAAACAAUCUUUUGGGGUGGAAGUUGCUGUUAGGUGCAAAUGAAGCCUCAAAUAAUUGGCCAGGUGUAGAGGUUGCAUGUAAGAAGUCACUAGACAUCAUGGCCUCUAAUGCAAAGGUUGCCAUUCCUGGUAAUGAAGAGUUUGAGUCUUAUAGAUGGAGGAUGAAAUUAACUCGUGCCAAGGCAUUUGUUUAUAUGGGUCAUGACAACCAUUUAAGAGAAGCUGUCUCAAUUCUUGAGGAGCAAGCUGAUGAAGACCUUGACAGCGGGCUUCUGCUGGUUAGGUCACUUAUCAAAUUGAAGGAAUUUGCCUUGGCUGAGAAGAAACUGAAUUCCCUAAAGUCAUUGCAUAAGGGUCAGCCACAAUUGAUGCUUUUAUCAGCUAUCCUUCUAAAGGAACAGGGAGACACUCCAGGAGCACAGCAAGUUUUGGAGCAGUUUGUACAGGAGAACCCAUCAGUAGGCGAAGGGCAUCUGGAGCUUGGUUGCAUCUAUUAUGAAACAGGAAAUUUGGCAAAGGCUCACAUUUGUUGCAUGAGAGCUGGCAAGUUGGAUCCAAGUCUUGGACGGGCUUUCUUGUAUCUGGGCCACUUCUUCCGCUACCAGGACAACAUGGAGAAGGCCCUCAAGUGUUAUGAAAAGGCUAUGAAUAUAAAUCCCUGUGAUGAUGACACUGGUGCUGCCCUGUCUGACAUGUAUAGGAUAAUGGGAAAACAUGAAGAAAAUAUUGCUCUGUUGCGCAAGAUAACAAAUGAAGUGGGCAGAACAUCGUGUGCAUGGGCUUGGCUACGCCUUGGCCUUCAUCAUUAUGUCUUGCAUGAACUGACGGAGUCCAUAUUAGCAUUUCAGUAUGCUCUCACUAUUAACCCAAAUGAUGGGGCAGGAUAUGAGUGCCUUGGAGAUGCCCUUCUUGCCAGAGGUGCUUACUCAGCUGCCCUAAAAGUGUUCCAGCAUGCAGCCACUCUUCGACCAGAUGCCCUCUACCCCCUCUGUCAAAUAGCUCAUAUUAAACAGAUUUUAGGAGAAAACCUUGAAGCAAUUGUAGAUUAUGAAACUGUGCUGACUAAAAGCCCUAUGCCAGCAGUAGAAGUGGUCUCGUUGCUUGGCUUAGCCGAGACACUCUUAGCAAGCGCCCGCAAGUAUUACGAACAAUACUUCCAUAUUAACGUCAAACAGUCAUGCUUAAGGGCCAUUUCAUUGCUGAUGAGGGCUGCAAGCAUUAAACCCAGCUGUUCAUCUGCAUGGAAGUUGAUUGGAGAUGCUUGUACACUGCUUUACCCUAUGCCACCAUCACUUUCACAGUUUUCCAUCCCUUCAAAACUCAUGCAGCGGGAAGUAGACGAUCUUAAUGCGACAGUCACUGUUGAUAAGCUUCAGAUUCUUCAAUUAGGAGCAAGGUGUUAUGGCCUCUCCUUGCAAAUAACCAAAGAUGACUCUAAUUUGUGGCAUGAUCUGGGUAUAAACACUUAUUUGCAAGGCAUUGUUAUGGAGGAGACCAACAAAGAAGGGAAUGAAGAUGUCAUCAAGGACCUCUUUCUGCGUUCAAUCAAGUCUUUGAAGAAGUCAGUUGAACUUGAGCCAACCAGUGCUAAGGCUUACAAUUCUCUGGGUGUUGUUGCUGCCCAUAAAGUUGUUGGAGAGUAUGCACUAGCACAACAUGCCUUUCUGAAGUCUAUUGACCUGCAACCAACUGCCAUUGCCUGGACUCACUUAGGGGCAUUGUACUUAACCCAUAAAGAUGUUCAUUUGGCACAUGAAGCAUUUUCACAGGCCCAAGCAAGUGAUCCUUCAUUUGUCACAUGCUGGGUUGGACAGGCACUUGUAGCAGAGAGCAUCGACCACUCUGACUUCUAUGAUCUUUUCCGUCAUACAACUGUACUUGGCAUUCAGGUUGAGAGCUGCUUGGGCUAUGGUCAUCAUGUUACUCGGAUAGCAUGUGAUGAUAGCACCCUAAAAAAUAUGAGAAUGACUCAAGUUGUCGAGCACUCUCUUCCAGGGGCCACUGACUCUCUAGUUUAUUAUACCAGAGAAAAAGAGACAGACGUAAUUGCCCUUAACAUGGCAGGCUUGACUCUGGAGAUGAUGAAGCUUUACCAGUCAGCUGUUAAAUCUUACCAGAUGGCAUUAAACGUCAUUGGCCAAGGGGAGGAGCCUGAAAUUGUCAAGCUUCGCGAUGGAGUGUACUGCAAUCUAGGAAGGGCACUUACUGGAUUGGGUGAGGUGGAAGAGGCAAUGAAAUAUUAUGCAGCAAUCAAGGAACCGGACUAUUUUGCACACUGUGGCCUUGCACUUGCAAGUUUGAAAGCUGGUAAAUUUGAAGAAGCAUACAAUGGAUACACCUCUGCCCUCCACUGGCUUGCCCCUGAUGACACCCAGAAAUCACAUAUACUGGUAGCACUGGCAUCUUUGCAAUACAAGUUCCAGAACCCAGAUGAAGCAAAGAAGCUCCUGUUCCAAGGAUCUCAAUUACGUGGAGCAUCAGUUCAUGGGCUUCUGGCACUGGCAGCACUAGGUCUUAUCUCUAUGGAUGCAGUGCUCACAAAUGCAGCCUUGGCAGAACUCACCCCAUAUGAACAUGACCCAAAAUACUUAGAUCAUAUUGCAUUUUUGAGGGCUGCAGAAGCAACCUCUAAUGGUAACCUGAGAAGUGCGAAGCUCAUUCUCAGUAGAAUUAUUCACCAGCAUCCAGCAAGUGCUCCAUUGUGGAGAUCUCUCGCUCAGCACCUCCUCACAGUGCCAAAGGCUCCUGGACAAGUAUAUAUUAGUAAGGCUGCUACAAAUUGUGCAUCUGCUGCAACAAAGUUAUCUCAAGUGGCCGGGGAUACAAAGAUCAUUGCACAAGAUGCUGUAACAAGUGUUAUUGCAGCCCUGGGAACUAGUACAACCAAGGCAUCUGAUAAUGACAAGAGGAAAACCAGCUUACGUCAGGCACAGAGAGCUGUUCUUAUGUGCCCAGGUUCCGCUGAAGCUUGGGCUGUUCUCAUUGCAGCAAAGAUGGCAUCUAAUGAAAAUCAGAUUAAAGACGAUGUUGCCCAGCUUGCUGAAAUUUGGUCCACAAAAGCAUCGUCGCGUGUAUCUUCGUGGCUGCAUGCAGUUGCAGCUGGUAAAAAUCUGGAUAGAGGUGUUCCUAUAUAAAUUGCUCCUAAUUAGGAAAGCAGUACAGUAUUAAAAUGUUGCAGUAGUCCUUACCAAACAGGGCUAAUCAACUCUUUUAAAUAAAUAUUGGAAUUGG